AUGUGUACCAUGAUAUUGUUAUACGUGGAUGAUAUGAUAAUUACGGGAGACGAUGUUGCUGAAAUUGCACGUCUUCAAGAUAACUUAUCCGUUCGGUUUGAAAUGAAAAACUUGGGAGAAGUUGGAUGCUUUCUGGGGCUUGAAAUAGAAAAGGCAGAUGGUUAUUUUGUUUCUCAAAAGGGGUAUGCUACCAGUUUAAUGAAGCGUUUUGGCAUGGAUGAUGCAAAACCAAUGGCUACACCUAUGGAGGCUGGUCUCAAAUUAUUGAAAGAUGAAGGGAAGUUAUUGAAGGAUCCAACCUUAUAUAGACAACUUGUGGGUAGUUUAAUCUAUUUAACUAUCACAAGGCCUGAUAUUCUGUAUGCUGUUGGAGUUGUUUCUCAGUUUAUGGAGAAACCUUGUGUGUCUCACUGGAUUGCAGCAAAAAGAGUUCUACGUUAUGUCAAAGGUACUUUGGAGUAUGGUCUUAUGUACACAGGCAGUAAAGAGUGUUCGUUGCACGGAUUCGUUGAUGCAGAUUGGGCUGGUGAUAUGAAUGACAGGCGCUCAACUACUGGAUAUUGUUUCUAUAUGGGUUCAGCAGCAGUUUCCUGGUGCAGUAAAAAGCAACGUAAUGUGGCACUUUCAAGCACUGAAGCUGAAUAUGUGGCAUCAACUAUGGCUACACAGGAGUGCAUUUGGCUGAAAAGAUUGAUUGGUGAUAUCAGCAACAAGGUAGACUAUUCAGUACCUAUCAAAUGUGAUAACCAGAGUGCAAUGCAGCUUGCAGCAAACCCGGUGUUUCACGCUCGCAGCAAACACAUCGAAAUUCAACAUCAUUUUGUUCGUGAGAAGGUGAUUGAUCGAGAAAUAGAGCUGCAGAACAUUCCAAGUGAAGAACAAGUUGCAGAUGUCUUUACCAAAGCACUUGGAAGAGUUAAGUUUGAAAAUUUUAGGAACCUUCUUGGAGUAAUUGACCGUAACUAUGCACUAAGGGGGAGUGUCAAAAAUUAG